UAUGCCCACGUGUGUGUAUAUAAAUCCACCGCCUCCUGCUCAGGACAGUCAAGCACACACAUCAACAUGAAGGCCCUGAUUCUGCUGGCUUUGCUCGGUGCAGCAUUUGUUGCCGCCGAGCAGGACGAUAAGAUUGUCGGGGGUUCUGAGUGCCCCCGUCACUCGGUCCCCUAUCAGGUGUCGCUCAACGCCGGCUACCAUUUCUGCGGUGGCUCCCUCAUCUCCAGUCAGUGGGUGGUCUCCGCUGCCCACUGUUACAAGUCCCGCGUCCAAGUGCGUCUGGGCGAGCAUAACAUCGCCGUCAACGAGGGCACGGAGCAGUGGAUCGACGCAGCCAUGCUGGUCAAGCACCCGCAGUACAACAGCCAAAACCUGGACAACGACAUCAUGCUGAUCAAGCUGAGCCGCCCGGCCGCCCUCAACAACUACGUCCGCACCGUGGCGCUGCCCUCUCGUUGCACCUUCGCCGACGAGAACUGCUUGGUGUCCGGCUGGGGCAAUAUGGCCGCCCCUGGCAACAACUUCCCCGACAGGCUUCAGUGUCUGAGGCAGCCCAUCAUUGAUGACAGGAUCUGCAAGAACGCUUACCCGCACCUCUUUACCCAGAACAUGCUCUGCUCCGGCUUCAUGCAGGGCGGCGCCAGCAGCUGCCAGGGGGACUCUGGCGGUCCUCUGGUUUGCAACGGUGAGCUGCAGGGUGUGGUCUCCUGGGGCUACGACUGCGCCAUGAAGGGUCACCCCAGCGUGUACGCCCGCGUGUGUCGCUACAACAGCUGGAUCAACAACGUCAUGAGGAAUUAUUAAGUCAUUGACAAGCACCUUGGUUAUUCAAUAAAUGUCAGUUUU